CAGGGGGGAGUUGAGGGAGGUGCUGGAGCCAGAGAGAGAGGGCGGAGAGACGCGUCCGAUGGGCGACACCCAGACAGACAGACAGACAGACAACGGCGGCCUCCCUCUUGCUCUUUCCCCUCGUUCUGUUCCCUGCCGCUUCAAACGUCACUAUACAAGCGACAGGCACACGGGAAGCUACUCACAAUGGGCGCAACAGAGUCAAAACUAGCCUUCCGCAAGAACGUCUUCCAGCUCUACGAACAACAAGUACCCUCUUCUCUUCUCUCCUCUCGCCCCUUCCUCACCGAGAUCUCCCCUAAUCUUUGUCCUUUCCUCCAGAACAUCCCUCCAACCUCCCAAGAAUUCUGGCACAACUUCUACACCCUCCCCGACACGGCCGAGGAUGUCUUUAAUCUUUUCGCCCCGAAGGAUAUCAGGAGGGUUAGGGAUGUGGCCGGUGGGAAUUUGGUGACGCUGAUCGAGAAGAUCCUAGACCGAAUCUCCACCUUCCUCUCCCUAACAACACCCCCCACAAAAGACGACGCAAAAGAGAUCCUAAACUGCAUCCGGAUCCUGACGCGGCUGUUACCAUACAUCUUUGAAGCCGAAUCCGACUUUGAGGACAAGCUGUUCUGGAGCGGGGAUGAUCUCCUUGCGCCAAAGCUGUGCAGGGCAGUCGUGCAGUUGUUGUUUUUCAGAGGGUUCACGUUGCCGGAGGGGACGGACCCGCAGACGGGGCAUGGCGUGCAAUACAUCAUCUGGGAACAAGGCGUAGGCGCCUCCGUUUCCCCCGCUACCACCCGCACCGAAAUCACCCACCGAACCGAAACCCUCCGUCUCCUCCUCACCCUCCUCUCGCGCACCAUCUACAUACCCACCGCUAAACUGACAACAACACAAAGCCGGUGGUCUAACGCGAUCGUUACCGGGUUGGAGAAGAAAGCCACCCUGUCGUUGCUGUGCUCGUUGUUGAAUACGAGUGUGAAUUAUGAUCCGGUUGGGUGGGGGAUGCUGCCUUACAAUCAUCUUAUCUUUGCAAACGUCCAAGAACAGUUCGUCAUGCUUUGCCUCCAAACUCUGGUAGCUUUACUCGACGCUCGGUCACCGAUUCAGGAUUCGGCGCCGUCAACGCCCGAUGUCGGUUCUAGCCGGAACACACCCGCGGAACCGGAUAGACGGACAUCCUUCGCGAGCGGGAGUAGCGCGGCAGCGUUUAACCCCGCCAGUGGGGAUGGUGGACCCAAGAGAGACGCCCUCCGCAACGACUUUGCGUUCUAUGCGGGCAAAUUACACCGCCCGCAGGACUUUUUGUUGAUUAUGACGGGGUUUUGCCGGAUUUUGAAGAAUCCUUUGGAGUCGGCAAACACAUACCUCCCCGGCUCGACGAAACGCGUGAACCUGCAGGCCGAGGUGCUGAUGCUGUUUUGGAAGUUGAUGGAGAGCAAUCCGAAAUUCCAACAUCAGGCGAUGGAAACGGAUAAGAUUCUGAUCGUGCUCGCUUCUAUACUCUACCUUGCUGUUGAGGCCCGGAACGACCCAUCACAAGUAGGCUUCCUCCGCAUGUGCAGCUUCCUCCUCCACAUGCUCUCCCAAGACCGCAACUUCAGCGUGCAGCUCAACGGGCCCUUCGACCAUGCCGCGGUCGGGGCUGCCGCGAAAGCGGUGCCGAAUUUCACGACGGGGACUUGGGCUGAUUUCUUGUUCUUGGCCGUCCACACCCUCUGCACCUCCACCACGCGCCCCCCCACCUCCAUCCCCCUACACGAACCCCUCCUCACUGCCCUCGCCAACGUCUCCCCUUACGUCAAAACGCUAUCAGUGACGACCGCCAACAAGUUGUUGUCAUUGUACUCGGCGUUUGCGAGCCCGGCGUUCAUGCUCGCGAAUGAGUAUAACCAUAAGAAUGUGUUUUAUGUGUUGGAGGUGUUUAAUAAUCUUGUGCAGUAUCAGGUUACUGGAAACACACCACUAUUGUACGCCUUGGUCCGCUACAAACAGAAAUUCUACGCCCUCCACGACCUCACUUUCGAGCACGCCAACGCGGAACUGCAACGGAUCCGUGCGUUGAGGGCUCAGAAAUUACAGCAGGCUGGGAUCUCAACUCCCUCGACCACCACCACACCCACUGCUGCUACGAGUAACACGAAUGGAGACACGACACCACCGGGGGAGACGUCGCUGCCGACGUCAAGACGGGAGAGCGAGGUGGAUCAUUCUGAGGAUGUGGGGGAGGUGAUACCCCCGCAGGAGGGGUUGUCGGAGAAGGGGAAGGGGAAGUUACCCGCGCACGUGGAUUCGGAGGAGGGUGGGAAGAAUGAUGGGGACAGGGUAGACGGCGCGAAAGCAGACGGGAAGGCUAUGGUGGAUGAACGCGGGAAAUUCGUGCCGACGCAGGAAUGGUUCGCCUACUGGCACGCCCACCUCCCCCUGCACACGCUCCUAACCCUCCUCUCAUCCCUCGCCCCCACCAUCGAGCAGCUCUGCGUCGAGCAGGGGAUCAACGACGACCGGAAAGUGCUCGAGUAUUUGAAUAGCGGGACGUUGGUGGGCGUGUUGCCGGUGCCGCAUCCGAUCUUUGUGAGGAGGUUUGUCGGGGGCGUUGGGGUGAGGGUUUGGUUUGUUGGGUGGUUUUGGGGAUGCGUGUAUAUGAAGAGCAAUGCGAUGGGCGCUGGGGAGGCGGCGAAGCUGUGUCCGCCGAUAUGGACUGGGACGCAUAUCCGGCUUUUUACUGUGAGGAUACAUCCGUAGGGAUGUGUAUAUAUCGCUCCAGAGGGGCUCGUACAGGCGGCUCCCUUCCUUUUGUGUACAUCUGCCUCUUUUUGUUGGUGGUUCUGCAUCGCUGUUGAAUGAAUGAAUUCCGCUUCCACCCUGCCCCCAAAACUUGCUAUCCAAAACUAUCAUCCCCUACCCACCGUCGUCGACCCCCUCGCCGACCCCCCCGCACUCCUCACCGGACUCCUAAUCCCCAC